CCGGUAGUUCGUUUGGGUUGUUAUUACGGUGUGUAGGAGAGAGAUUUCAAUGGAAAUAAUCAGGAUGAGUAUCAUCGGAAAAACUUUGUUGAGAGCAGUUUAAUACCCCGCGUAUAUAGACAUGUAUUCACAGCGUUUUUCCCUCGGGGUUUCACACCUUUGUCAAUAUAUGCUCCACUCCCACCUGAACUUACCUGAGAUUGUGAAUGGAGGAUAAUACAAAGGUUUUUUCUUUCCUCGUUGGAAAUCAGAUUGAAGUGUCAGGGAAUGUAAUAUUUAGCAAUGAAGAAGCCGCUGACUCAGGUAAUAGACGACUUUGGAUAGUGAGGCUAAACACAAAGAUAUCAACAGAAGAAGGUUCAAUCCCGGUGAAAUUGGCUUCAGAACCUCUUGUUUCUGCAGACUUGAACAGUAUUUUGAAGCCAUUAUUUGAGAUUGUUGGCAUCCACACAUCUGAUUUGGAAACUGAAGUAGAGCUGAAAUGUCUCAACAAUCCUACCACUGAAUUUAUUCAUAACGGUGGUGUGCCAAACCUUUUACAAAGAAUCAUAGAAAGAGAUCCAAUAUUACGAAUAUUCCCUGCUAAAUGCAUAUUUAAAAUCACCGUCAAAGCGGUUGUGAGCCUGAAACAUCUUGAUGAAGAACAAACUUCGACAUUGAAACAAGAGAGUCCGAAUGUUGGUAUUCAAGUAGGAGACAACUGCACUUUGACACUUUGCCCAAAAACGACGUCCUAUUGUCAUCAAGUUGGCGAUGGCAAUGUCAUAAUCAUUAACAUCGUAAACCAUGAAGAUUCCAAUAUUUCCAUCUAUCCAGAAGGAACAGUGACCGUGAAAGUGAGCUCCAAAGAUGCUGGGUGGGUCGAAAUGGAGGAUGAAAUUGUGACAAAUUCAGACCAAUGCAAGGCCGCCAUCAACAAAGAACUAGAAAAGUACAACAUCAAAUUAAUGAGUAUACAAAAAUGUUGCAUUAUUUUUGUGAUACAUCUACUGCACGAAAAAGAUCAGAAAAAAAUAUCCAGGGAGGACGGCGCCGUUCUGAAUCUCUUUAGAGCAAUCCUUGAAUCUGAAUAUUGGAUUGAAGCAAUCAGAAAGAAAACGGUAAAAGAUGGCAUCCCAACAUUUGGAACAGAAGUGUUCUUAGACUUUUCCUUACCAGAAGACGAGCAAAACAAAUCUGAGUUCCCAGCGCAAUGUCGUUCAAAUGGCGAAAAGGAACUCACGUUCUUUGUUGGAGAUGAAAAUCAGUGCAAGGUUUAUGUGACUUUUGGGAGGGUUUUUAUGGAAGAUCUUCAAAAAAUUACAACAGGAAGUUCUUCAAUCAGUUUACGGAUAUCGCCAACCGUGAAGGAACCAAGACAGGCAUCUUUUUCACCUGUUGAAGACCGUUUAAAUGACGUUAACCUUGCACAAAUCAACCUAAUUCUAGGCAAAUACAAUAUUCAGUUGGUGGGCAUACGAAAAGGAAGUCUCAUUUUGGAUUUUUGUUUAAGUAAACCAAUAGAGGGAGAAAUAUUCAUACAGGCUGUAGCAGAAACUCUUCACGAACUAUUUCAAAACGUCAAGGACUUGUUAGAGAGGUUUAGGGCUGUAGAAUUGAAUUUAGAUGCAUUAUCGUUUGAUCAACCAAAAACGAAUAUAAAAAAUCCUCAAACUUUGGAGUUUGUGUUAUAUCCAGAACACAAGGUCAAGGAGGCUAUGGCAACAGGCGUAUUACCUCAGGUUGUUCGGACCCUGCUGACCAAAUACAAUCCCCAACAUCUAAAACGUGUUAAAACAAUUGAUGUAAAAGUGUCUUUUCCGAAAGAAAAUCAAGGUUCUCACAGCUGCCAAUUGAAAUUGUUCCUCAAAAAUAAAAUGACAAAGUUUGUUGAAACAAAAUGUUGGCAAGACAUCAGCCAGGCUCUCGAGAAAGAGAAUAUAGUAACUAUUGUUGGAGAUCCCGGUACUGGGAAAACUAUGAUUGCAUGCAGACUCAUUGUAGACGCAAUAGAUUUAGGAUACGAUGUUCAAAUACUAUGCUCUCCAGAAGAAUGGGAAACAAAGAUAGAUCUACAGAAAAAGCAAAUUAUUCUCCUGGAUGAUUUUCUUGGGCAUAACUUUCUUUGUCAUUGCAAAGCGGAUGGGUUUCUUUCAAUACUGCCUAGAAUCCGGCGUUAUGUUACUCAGAGAAAUGGUUCAUUAAAGAUUAUUAUUGCCUCAAGGAAAAAUGUUUACAGAGAAGGGUUUCAGUACCUGAAGGUGACUACAACUGCUGUUGACGCACUAAACAUAGUGCAAAUUGAUCAGAAUUCUUUGACAGAGACAGAAAAGAAAGAAAUCCUUCAAAGACAUCUACCGAAAGAAAACUAUACAGGAGAAUCCUUAGGGUUUGAUGCUGGACACUUCCAACAAUGUGUUCAGUUGUUCUCUAAAGUUUCUUCGACCGAACCUUUGUCUAAAUUCAUGGAACAUCCGAUUGAAAACUUGAAAUCUCAUAUCACAAAAAUGAGAAAAGAAUCAAAACUAGAGUUUAUGUGUCUUUUGAUUUUGGCAUUCCACGGUGGUGAAAUUUUCGUUGACAAACUUUUUGACAUAAAUGUUAUGAAAACUAACAAAAGCCUGCUAGAAUCAGUUUGUGAUGUGGUUUAUGAUGAGGAAGAGAUUCGCAACACGUUCAGGCAUCAUAAAUCGGGCUAUGUCAGUGUAUGUUGCAGUAGAUUUAGGUUCAGUCAUAUUUUGGUUUACAAGGCAAUGUUGCGGAUUCUUAAAAAUCUCAUGACCAUGGAUUUGGGCGAUCUAAUCAUCUUGCAUGUUCCUCUAGAUUUUCUUGAAAGACAAGUGACAAGCAAAGGUAGCCCAUGCUCUGAAUUGAAAAUAUGCGUUGAUGAUGAAACAUAUCCUAUUAUUGCUAAGCGGUUUGUUGUCGAAAUCAGACAGGGCAACGUUCAACGCAUAGCAAAACACAGUCUUCUUAAAGAUGAAGAAUUCAUGUCUAGAUUUAUCGAAGAAUGCAGGGAAAAUCCAAAGUCUCUAGUCACUUGUGAACGUGAUAAUCAAAAUAGAAACCUUUUUGCUGGCAGCAUUUUAUAUUGGAUAGCAGCCGAAAGCUCAACAAAAUGUCUUCUACAGAUACUCAAUGCAAAUUUAUUUCUCAAUGAAACGGACAAAUUUUGGUUAAAACUCCAAACGUCAGCAUCUUUGAUUCAAGCAUGUUACAGGGGUAUGCCGGUUUGUAUCGUUGAAAAACUGGUGUCAAUGGGUGCUGAUUUGAAUUGCUCCAUGAAUUUGAUCGACGCAUACAAGCAUUAUAACUGUGAUCAAUGCACAUUAUAUGAUAAAAACGGCAUGACAGCGUUUAGCGCUGUCAUUUCUUCAAAGCCAGACGACAAUAGAAACGAAGUGAUAACAUUUCUGUUGGAUCGCGAAGUAUCCAGUUUUCUUAACAUUCCAAAUGUCCUGUCAAUGUUUGUCAAAAACAAUUACUCUGAAGAUGUGUUAAGAGUUUUAUUGAAGAAGAUAUCCCAGUCAAAAAAACUCUUUGAAAAGUUGAAAUUAGAAACGUCUUUAGAAAAAUCGUCAACAUCGCCAUUGUGGGUGGCAGCCGAAUGUCAAAAGAUAACCGCCUUUGCUAUUUUGGUUGAGUUUGGUUUUAGGACGGAUAUCCAUAACGACGAAGGGGAAACUCUCUAUUCAAAAUGUUCAGAAUCUGUAAGAAAAAUGCAUUUCAUGGAUGAGUGCAAAAAAUCCAAAUCAACUCAUCCCUCACCUGAAGAAAUAAGAAAAAUUAUUAGUGAAGAAGAAUUUUUCCCACUGGCAAGUGAGUACGUUUUUCCCUUCAAAAAAGAUUUGUCUUUAAAAGGAAGUGUAAAAUCUUUGGAGGUGUCACAGCAGAAAAGCUUCUUUGCGUCUCUUAGAUCAGACAUUGGAUCCGAUCAAACUGAGGACAGCCAAUGUUUCACCGUAUUUGAAAUGCUGAAGAAGAAACCAAAGGGGGGUAUCUUUAUCGAGUUUCAGAAGAAACUGUCGGCGUGUGUUGAUAUCAAAGCCGUCGAUGAAGAGGGCAAUACUCUACUUUUAUUAGCAUGCGGUGAAAGCUACAUUGAUUUUGAGAAUCCUUCGGUAAAAUUCAACAUCAUUAAACUUCUUCUUGAUAACGGCAGUCCAAUGGAUGACCACAACAACAAAGGUGAAAACGUCUUCCAUCGCAUUUUACGUAGUUGCCAUAUGCGAAAAGUAAGCAUACUGCUGAAGCUCAUCGAAGAGAAAGACAGUGCCCGUCUACUUUCUGAGGAAGGUAAUUCAGGUUUUACUCCGUUCCAUUUGUUGUGUGGUGUAGACUACAAAUACGAUGAAAUAACGCUCGAGUCAGCCAUCCUUCGCCUCACAAAAAUGGUUGGGUUUGAUGCGAAACAAAAAAGCCUAAUGGCGAUCGCGUGUAGUAGAAAUUUCAACACCGCGCAGCAGCUACUGAAACAAGGAUAUGUUGUCUCUCAAAGAGAUUUACAAGAGCUCGUGCUUAAUUUUGAGAAGAUGCCUUUUGAUGCACACUUCUUAUCUGGAAGUGAUGUUUUAUUAUCACAAUUGAAUUUAGAAGAAAAGAAAAAGUUCAAGUCAUGGGUAAAAACACAGAAGUCCUUCAGACGUCAUUAUUCAAUACUAUUUUAUGCAUCUGAAAUAGAAAGUGAAGAGAAAAGACAACAUUUUCGUAAUAUUAUAGAAUCAGACUGCAACGCUUCUGUGUGCAGUAGAGCAACCAAGGUACUUCUUCGCGAUACAAUCUUAAGAGGGUUGCUUGAUGAAUGUGAAAGGAGCUUUCUAAUGAAUACAUUUGAAUACUUUAAUGCAAAAGGUAGAGGAAUUUUGGAAAUCGUCACUUUUUUGUUGGAGAAAGAUGACCAUUUGAAUGUAAAUGACGAGGUGGGCCAUGGCGUUCUUUACUAUUGCAUCAAUUCGAGCGUCAGUGAAGACGUAAUAAUUCAGUGUUUAAAAUUACUAAGAAAACACAAAGUCAAUGAAACGGACAGGGACUAUAUUCUCUUGGUAGCAGCUAGACGAUUCAUGACAGACACUGUUGGUCAUCUGGUAAACGAUGGUGUGAAUAUAAAUCAGAGGGACAGUAAGGGCCGGAACGCUUUGCAUCACGUGAUCAUGUCCAAUUAUGUAUCGCAUCAUCUGAGGGUCAAAUUUGAACCACUUGUCCGCCAAUUAAUACGUCAUGGUAUCGACGUCAACUGUAUGGACUGUGAAGGACUAACACCUAUUCAGUAUCUUGUCGGAAUGCAGUCUUGCGACUCUGACAACAUAACAAAGGAUGAAUUAAUCAAAAGUAGUCUGAAACUUCAGUCGCGCUGCGAUUAUCACGCCGGGUACGACCACUUUGUGCGUUAUCUUGUACAUAAUAAUGCAAACUAUGAAGUGGUUAACAAGGACGGACAAACAUUAUUACACCUUGUUACGAACAAGAUGAACAAAGAUUCUUACAAAACAGUGAUAUAUUUACUUGACCUUGGACUUGAUGUGAAUGCCAGAUGCAAGACCGGCGAAACGCCUCUACAUCGUAUUGCCACUAUUCCACUGGAUGACGUUGUGUGGUGCACGGGACUUCGUUUACCAAUAUUGAGACUUUUGGUCAAAAAUGGGGCUACCAUUAACGCACAAGAUGAGAGUGGCCAAACGCCUCUCCAUAAAGUUGUUCAGCAUUACCUUGAAUUUUGGAAACAUGACAAAAAUGAAUGUCCCCUAAUGAAAGCACACCUCCUGAUGUUAAUGGCUGAUGUUUUGAUAUGCCAUGGUGGCGAUAUAAACAUUGUCGAUCUGCAUGGAAAAAGUGUCGGGGACAUUCUGGACAGCGCUGAUGUCCCAUUCCUUAAAAUGAUUGUCUAUCAAGAGAGACCACAAGAAGAAAUACUGGACCUAGUCACACUCAAACUUCGACACCCUGAUGCUCUUUAAUGUUUGUGAUAACGUGUCCUUUGAAAACAAAAUAAGUGAAGAAGGGCGAAAAUAACACGGGGGAAAACAACCCUGUAUGCAGUGUAUAUAUAUAAUUAUGUGUGUGUAUAUUUAUAUUUGCCAUAAAGAAGAUUUGUAACAUGAACAUAUGUUUUAUUUAACUUCUCUAAAAAAUAUUCAACAUAUCUUUAACUGAAUGAUACAUAUAACAACUGAUGGAAUAGUAUGUCAGAACAGAAUGCGUAUUUAUGUAAUUUCGUACCUGUUAAUCUAAUUUAUACCAGAAUAAAUGUUAUUACCAAAAAGA